AGUCCACUACCAACAUCAUGUCCAAACGAAGUGGCUUGGUGCCAAUUUACGGCAACUACCAUGGGUACUACUCCAAACGACCAUUUACUGAAGAUCGAAGGCUGGGCCUGCUCCCGAAAAACCUCUUUGUUGGCAAGCGGGUUCUCGACGUGGGAUGCAACGAAGGCUUGGUGACAUGCCAGAUAGCACAGUCGUUGAGAGCUCGCAGAGUUAUCGGUGUCGACAUCGACGAAUCGCUCGUCAGGACAGCAUGGAAGCGGAGACGCGCCAUCUGGAGCCAACAGGCACCACCAAGCAUAUCUGAGAACACUCCGCACAACGGGACAGAGAGCCCGAACAAGAAGCGCAAGAGGGCAGUGUCGCCGAGUAGGGCGCCGCAACCGGACUAUUUCCCUGUGUCGUGCGAGCACAUGUUCGGGCCGCUAUCGAUACCGCCACAAAGCACCAGGCUGGACGAGUUCCCCCAUAACGUGACGUUUCGCGCCGCAGACUGGGUCAAUGCAGAGAUUGCGGAGGAUACUGAGGGGUAUGAUGUUAUCGUAGCAUUUUCAGUAUCGAAAUGGAUACACCUCAAUGGAGGAGACGACGGUCUCAUGCGGUUCUUCCGGCGCGUUUAUACUGCCCUCAAGCCCGGUGGGGUGUUCGUCCUCGAGCCACAGCCGUGGGAUACGUAUGGAAAGGCUAAACGAAUGGACGCGAAGUUGAAAGAAACGGCUAAAGAUUUGAAGAUACGGCCUGACGACUUUUCCAGGAUCUUGCGAGAGGUCGGCUUCGGGCAGGUUGAGCAUCGUGGCGAGACAGGCGAGGGGGGUAAGCAAUAGUAUGUUAUUCUAAAUCGCUUCCUCCUCUAAUGCGUCGAUAUUCUAGGAUUCCAUCGACCAAUAGAUCUAUAUCGUAAGCAAGAGUAGUAUGGGGAUACCUGACUAAACCAUCUACAUUCUAUCGGUGUCGUCGUCUAGUUCUACCUGCUAUUCUGAUAAUUCCACAUGCGCACAAGCAUUCUAAUAAACCCAAUAUUGACGAAAGUGACGUGGGGAUUAGCGUAAAAUCUCCGAAGUAUUAGUUAGCCUUGAUGGUCACAUCGACGCCGCCAUUCUCAGCGAUCUUCAUUGUCACACUUGACAGGUCCUUGACAAUGAAGCUGGGAGACGCGGCCUCCACUUGCUCUCUGCUAUGAGAGGUGAGAAGCCCAAGGGUCUUACAGCCGGCUGCGCUGCCGCUUCGUACCCCUGCAGGGGCGUCUUCGACGACAAGGCAAAGCGAAGGGUCGACUCCGCAGCGUUUAGCACCGAGGAGGUAAGGGUCAGGUCUACGGGCUG